AUGGCCACCAAGCUUUUUAAGCUUUUUGUGGGAGUCCUCAACAUCGAGACCACAGAAGAUGGCAUCCAUAAGUAUUUUGAACAGUUUGGCAUGCUCAACGACUGUGUUGUGGUCAUGAACCAGCAGCUUGGCCGGUCCCGCUGUUUCGGCUUUAUCACCUACUUGAUGCCGGAGGAGGCCAGCUCCGCAAUUGCGGCUAAGCCACAUGUCGUCAAAGGCCGCAACGUGGAAUUGAAAAGGGCCAUAGCACGAGAAGUUGCUAAUAACCCUGACAUCCUCGGCAACAUUAAGAAAGUUUUUGUCGGCGGUGUAAAAGACCACAUUGAGGCGGACAACCUGACCGAGUACUUCUCCCAGUUCGGCGUGGUGGAGAAGGCUGAGAUCAUCUCUGACGAGCAGACUGGCAGGAAGAGGGGCUUUGGCUUUGUCUUCUUCGAGGACACUGACUCCGCCACCAAAGCGGUGCUGGCAAAGUACCACGUCAUCAUUGGAAACAAGGUGGAGGUGAAGAAAGCUCUGACCAAGCAGGAGAUGUGCACCGGUGGCUGCAGAAGAGGUCAAGGAAGGGGGAUGCAAGGUUAUGGUGGGGGCUAUAACGGUGUUAGCGGUGGAGGAUAUGGGGGAUACGACGAGGGAGCAUAUCCCAACCAGAUACUUAAUAAUUUCUUAGUUAUCCCUUAUUCCUCUGUCUUUCAUGCCUUAAAUUGCUCCUGUGGUACCAAGGGUUGCUGGUUGUUGGAGACAUGA